UCACAAACUAACUUGAGACUAGAUCAAAUUUUUGCAAACAGCAGAAAAUAUGAUCUUUUUCUGUAGACAGUUCUUGCGUUUAAUGUAGCUGUUUAUAUGAUUGAAGCACUUAAUAAGUGUUUUCAUUGAGUGUAGUUACAGAACAGCUGCAGAAAUUUUAAGUGCUUCUGUUCAUCUUUUUUUCUUUGCAGUUUGGAACUGAAAAAUCUCAGAAGAAAACUGGACACUGGCAGAGAUCAGGGUGAUUCCUCAACAGUGCACUCCUCUAACAGAGGCACUGCUUUUGUGGGGUAGGAAUGAUGACAGGGGCAAAAAGGAAGAGAAGUACAGUCUGGAGGAAGAUCCAGGCUGUUCGCUUAGAAGAUAUCAAAGCCUGGUGUAUGAGGAGGCUGCCUAUCUUGACAUGGGUGCCUGUCUACAACUGGAAGGAAAAUUUGGUUCCUGAUACUGUUUCUGGGAUGAUGCUAGCCAUCCAACAGGUGACUCAAGGGCUGGCCUUUGCUGUUCUGUCUUCAGUCCAUCCAGUUUUUGGUUUGUAUGGAUCUUUUUUCCCUGUCAUUAUUUAUGCCAUAUUUGGAAUGGGACGUCACGUUGCAACAGGAACUUUUGCUUUAACUUCCUUAAUAUCUGCCAAUGCAGUUGAGCGUCUUGUUCCUUCAGUCAGAACUAAUUUCACAGCAAACAAUAAUUCAGGAAUUUUGGGUUUGUCAGAAUUUGAAAUGCAGAGGAUUGGAGUUGCAGCAGCAGUUUCAUUUCUAGGUGGAAUCAUUCAGGUAGUGAUGUUCAUGCUGCAGUUGGGCAGUGCCACUUUCUUGUUAACAGAACCUGUCAUAAGUGCCAUGACAACAGGAGCAGCUACACACGUCGUGACUUCACAAGUGAAGUAUCUGCUGGGAAUGAAAAUGCCAUAUAUAUCGGGACCACUGGCAUUUUUUCAUAUUUAUGCCUAUGUGUUUGAGAAUAUCAGAUCAGUUCAGUUGGAGGCAUUACUUCUCUCCUUGCUGAGCAUUGUGGUACUUGUUCUUGUUAAAGAACUGAAUGAGAAAUAUCACAGAAAUAUUAAAGUUGUCCUUCCCAUCGAUCUGCUUUUGAUAAUUGCUACAUCCAUUGCUUGCUACUAUGCUGAUAUGGAAUACGUCUACGGGAUAGAAGUUGUGGGAAAUAUUCCUAAAGGGUUGCCAUCACCAAAAGCACCAUCCAUGAGUGUCCUGCCUGAAGUAGUCACUGAAGCUUUUGGAGUGGCACUGGUUGGUUAUGUAGCCUCCCUAGCUCUUGCUCAGGGCUCUGCUAAAAAGUUUAAAUACUCUGUGGAUGACAACCAGGAAUUUUUGGCUCAUGGCCUCAGCAACGUGAUUCCCUCAUUUUUCUUUUGCAUACCAAGUGCUGCAGCGAUGGGACGGACGGCACUUUUAUACAGCACGGGCGCCAAAACACAGGUGGCUUGCCUUAUCUCUUGUGUAUUAAUUCUUGUGGUGAUCUACACAAUUGGACCUCUGCUGUACUGGCUUCCUAUGUGUGUGUUAGCAAGCAUUAUUGUUGUGGGCUUGAAGGGGAUGUUAAUGCAGUUCCGUGACUUAAAAAAAUAUUGGAAUGUGGAUAAAAUAGACUGGAGCAUCUGGGUUAGUACCUAUGUGUUUACAAUAUGCUUUGCUGCUAACGUGGGACUGUUGUAUGGCGUUAUGUGCACUAUAGCAAUCGUGAUUUUCCGCUUUCCCAGAGCAAAGACACUGAAUUUGAAAAAUAUGAAAGAAGUGGAAUACAAAUACAAAGUAGAAGAUAAUUGUGAAUCACUAAAACAGGUAAAAAUAGUUUCAGUCAACAGCCCGUUAGUCUUUUUGAACGCCAGAAAAUUUCACGCUGACCUGUUAAAGAUAAUCCAGAAGGACGGCAUGAGCAGCCAGUGUGAGCAGAACACAUUGCUCUGUUCAUUUUCCAAUGGAAGUUGCCAUGGUGAGUUGGUGCAGCCGUGUCACAAUGACAGACAUGUUUUGAUAUUAGACUGCAGUGGACUGAAUUUCUUUGACUACACUGGAGUCUCUGUGCUUCUUCAGAUUUACGUGGACUGUAAAAACAGAUACAUCGAUGUGUUGCUAGCACACUGCAAAGGUUCCUUGAUAAAAGCAAUGCAGUAUGGUGGAAAUCUUGACUCUGAAAAUCCUGUAUUUUUUGAAUCUAUUUCUUCAGCAAUUGAUGCCAUUCCGAUUCACAGGAAUUACAGCAAGUUCAGUGAACAGAGUGAAUUGUGAUGCCCACCCAUUGAGCAUAGCGAGUUUCAUCUGCUCAUAUUCAAAAUGAACUACAACAUGGCUUCUCGUUCACUUUUUUCUCCAGCGGAUCUCAUAGAUGAUCUUUUGUAUACCAUAUAUAUUUAGUACAUUCAGUAACGACAGAUCUACCUUUCAGAGAGAAAAUCUUUCAGCUGUGAUCACUCAGAGAAUUUUUAUGCAAUUGUUCUAUAGUGGUUUUAUAAAAUAUUUUUAUAUACAUUUAUAUACAAAUUAUUAGAAAGCAGACAUGAGGUACUGUGUUUACCAGUUAGGUGUAUUCAUUUAGUAUCUUCUAUUGUAACAUUAGUUGUAAUAUUCAUCUGUAGUUUUGUGUAUGGAAUAGAGACAUGAAUUCUUAAAAGAGUACAAUUGAUACAGUAUCAGCAGCAAGGCAUAUACCAAUGCAUAAAUUUUCUAAUGGCUGUUCUUACUCUUUCCUCUGUUCAGUACAGCUAUUUGCAGUAACAGCAUCACAACUAUCAUAUGCUUUCACUUUUUGCACUUGGUUUUGUAUGCUUUUUAAUGCCUGCUCAGACCAGUGGGAGAACUCACAAGUCUAUGCAGAAAAGUCAGAUACAUGUUGACUAAGAACACUGGAUUGCCUCCCUCUAUAUUUGUUUUCUUGUGCUAUUAUGGUUUGCUACAUUUUCAAAGCCACAGGUAUUCUUUAGUCUCAGUCUGAAGAGGAAAAACUGGUAAUAUUUUUCCAAAACUUACUCUUUUUUCCAGCAUUUUUCCACAUUUUUUCCAGUCUGCAUUUCUACUUUGAGCUGUGAUUUGUUUGGUGUUGAAAUCUUCAGCUGAGGAAGCUGAAAGGUGACCGUAGUGGCACAUGAGAUGUGGGCCACAUUUCAGCCACAAUCCUGAUGUGAUGUGCAGUAUACUUACUGUGUGUGAGCACACAAAGUGGGUGGUGGAACUCACGGGUUGAGUACUUGGUUUGUAUUUAUGGGUUAUCAGCAAUUGUAUUAGAUCAUACUAUCACACAGCUAUCAUGUUAUUUGGCAACAUAUUAAAGCCUUCCAGUACCUGAAGGGAGCCUACAAGAAACAUGGAGAGAGACUAUUUGCAAGAGCAUGUGGUGAUAGGACAAGGGGAUGGCUUCAAACUGGAAGACAGUAGGUUUAGACUAGAUAUUAGAAGAAGAAUUCUUCACUGUGACAAUGCUGAGGCACUGAACAGUUUGCCCAGAGAAGUUAUGGAUGCCCUGACUCUGGAAGUGUCCAAGGUGAGGUUGGAUGGAGCUUUUAGCAGCUUG